CGCUGAUUGGCUUCUCGUCUCACUUUAGCCAAUCAGCACCACUUUUGUAUCGACGUGCCUUCUUGUGUUGUAGCGUCUAGAUACGAUGAAUCUCAAACAAGCCAACCUUUUGAGUAUAAGUAGUUAGCAUGUUGGUACAGGAGGAUAGCUAACUUGAAACAUAUGACAAUGACAAAUAAAACGUUUGUAAUUAGACUGAAAGCAUACGCGGCAAACGAGUCAAGCGGUUUGACUAAACUGGAACAGUAACGUUGAAGUUAAAUUAGCGACGUUAAUUACCUAAAGUUAACGUUACUGGAGAGAGGGUCAAAACCUAUUUUCAUAAUGUUAAAAUUCAGCUUUAGGAAGGAAAAAGACAAGGAGUUUAAGCAUAUAGUUCAUGGUUUGAUCCCUGCGGCUUCCAUUGCUCCAAAGCCUGCAGUGCCUCGUACCCCACCACCCUGCAGCCCAGAUCCCUCACCUGAGAGACCCAGAUCAGCCUUAGCAGCAGCCAUCUUAUCUUCUUCACUCACUGGACAAACAUGGGCCAUCCCUCCUGUCCGACCAAGGUCUUUCUCUGAGAGUGACAGAUCAGACUCCUUCACAUCUGAACCAAACCUCAGCACAGCACUUAACACCAGAGACAGAUGGUCAGAAGAUUUGGCUGCCCGGCCAUGCUUGUCCUCCCCUGUCCACUCAGAGGAGGAGCUUGAAGACAAGGAAGAUGAGGUGGAGAAUGAAGAGGACAGGGAGGACCAUAUCUACCAAACUCUUGAUAGUGGGGAGAACGAUACAUUCACAGAACCUGUCUAUUCUCUGCCUCUAAAACUGAAGGCCAGAACACCCCAGAUGACUCAGAUGUCUGGCAGAAUAGUGCCUUCUCCAGAUUUCAGUGAGGACACCAGAGUUCCUUCUCCUGUAGCUAGCUGUGACUCCUCUAAGAAGAAAGCCCCUGUCAGGAAGAGCACUAGCAGUCAGAGAGAAGAUGUGCCAUCCCCACUACCAAUCUUAACCACUGACCACCCAGCCCAAGCCAUACAUCCAAAACACUCCAUCCUGCCAUCUCCAGAGCUCAGCAAGGCAUACAGUGAGGGCGUGAGGGAGGUAGUGCGGACCUUGCCAAAGAAGAAUACAAAGAUGGCUGAUGAACAAAAGCUACUAGAGGAGAGACUGCACCACCUAGAACAGGAGAUCAGUCACAGCAAAGCCUCCUCAAACCUGAGGUCAUCUGCAGGGUCUCAAGCAGAGCUACAAAACUUGAGGCAACAUGCUCAGGAGCUGGUGGAUGAAAAUGAUGCCCUCAAACUGACGGUGCACCGUCUGAAUGUGGAGCUGAGCCGCUACCAAACCCGCUUCAGAGCAUUGUCCAAACAGGAGAUCUCCAAAAUCAAUGGCCUACCAAAGACAGGGUCUUCUCCUCCCUGGCUGCUUGACAUGAAGUAUUUAUCACCUCUUCUAUUGGCCUAUGAAGACAGAUUGAACGAGCAAGAUGCACUUCUGCAAUCCACAGAGGAGCAGGUGAAGAGGCUGCGUGUUCAUGUAGAGGAGGUGAUCAAAGAAAAUGGAAGACUCCAUGAUGAAAUAGCAAAAAUUGGAGCAGUCAACCAGAAAGAUUGUCAUCAGUUACAGCAACAGGCUGUUCUCGUUUUGCAGGAGAACCAAGUUUUGAUUGAUCAGCUUGAAGCUCAGCAUGUUAAGGCCAAGGCUAACCAGAACAGACACCACUCUGAAGUAUCCAAGGUGUCUAAGAAGUUAAUGUUGUUAGAAGCAGAAAAGCAGAGCUUGCAGGACGACCUGGAAGAAAGUAGGAAGGAAGUGCAGAAAAAUAUGAGGGAGGUCCAAGUUCUGCAGGCCCGCCUGAAGGAUGCUGUCACAUGGGACGAACACUGCAACAUUGCUGGGAAACUCAGAAGGCAGUUGGAGCAACAGGACUGUAGGAACAUGAGUGAGAUGGAC